UACUAUAACUAUAGUAAGAAGUCUAGAGUCUAGACACACACAAAAGAGAAGCUCCAUUUUUUUCUCUGCAAUUAAUCUAUGGAGGUCGGGAAGGAACCUCAAUCAAACACUACGACGAUGAGAAAAGCUCUGCUAAUAAUAAAUUGCAUCAUCCUUUCUAUAGGUAACUGUGCAGGUCCACUUAUGAUGAAACUCUACUUCAUGCAUGGUGGUAAACGAGUCUGGUUCUCGAGCUGGCUGGAGACCGGUGCUUGGCCCGUCAUCCUCCUCCCAAUCUCUUGUGCUUAUUUUUACCGUUCUAGGACCCAACCCAGUUCCCAAAACAAGCUUUUCCUUAUGAAACCGCACUUGUUCCUUGCUGCCGCCGUCAUCGGAAUCCUCACCGGCCUUGACAACUACCUCUACGCCUAUGGGAUCGAUCGUCUUCCGGUUUCGACUUCAGCUUUAGUAAUUGCGUCGCAGUUGGCUUUCACAGCGGGUUUUGCUUUUGUUUUGGUGAAGCAAAAGUUCACUCCUUAUUCCAUAAACGCUGUGUUUAUGUUAACGAUCGGAGCCGGUGUUCUAGCCAUGAAUACUAGCGGCGACCGCCCAGCGGAUGAAUCAAAGGGUGAAUACGUUUUGGGGUUCCUAAUGACCCUCGGAGCUUCGGCUUUGUAUGGAUUCAUUCUGCCCUUGGUCGAGUUAACGUACAAGAAAGCAAAGCAAGAUAUCAGCUACGCUCUUGUGAUGGAGAUUCAAAUGGUGAUGUGCUUGUUUGCUACUGUUGUUUGCACCAUUGGCAUGCUGGCUAACGAUGAUUUCAAGGUAAUUCCAAGGGAGGCAAGAAAAUACGAGCUAGGGGAAACAAAUUAUUACGUGAUUGUGAUUUGUAGUGCAAUAAUAUGGCAAUGUUUCUUCUUGGGAGCCAUAGGAGUAAUCUUUUGUGCGUCGUCUUUGUUGUCGGGGAUUAUAAUUGCUGUUUUAUUACCCGUAACUGAGAUUUUGGCAGUCAUUUUCUACAAGGAAAGUUUCCAUGCGGAGAAGGGGGUGGCGCUUGCACUCUCGCUUUGGGGCUUCUUGUCUUACUUCUACGGUGAGAUUAAGGAAUCCAAUAAAAACAAACCCACCUUUCAAACGGAGAUGGAUUCAGUUUCUGACAGACAAGGAGGUGUGUAAAACACCGGCGAUCAUCCUAUGUCCGACC